AUGUCUAAUGAUACAAUGUAUUUCAACAGUUCACGCCGACUGCCGACGCAUAGCAGGAAUAAUUCACCUAUAGUGGCAGCAAAGAAUAAUAGUUCCACGCGGAUACCUGCUCUGAACAAUAAGAAGCCAAGCAAGAAAACAGAGAAGGAUAUCGAACAGCUAUUGUCGCCUCAACAGUUGCCAAAUGGACAGAGACCUGAUUUUGGGCAUGGUCCUCGUGGUGGAAAGCAAACAAAUGGGGCGAAGACUAAGAACAAGAAGAAGCAAGAUAAGGAACUACAAGAAACAAAGGAUUCUUAUGAUAAUUUGACUAAAAAUUUAAAGAACUUACUGAUUAAUCCUGAGAAGACAGAAAAAACAGUGGUAGAGACACUCAUUAAGUCAAACUCGAACUCAGCUACUGCCACACCACAGAAAGCCCCCAAUACUACUCAAGGCAUAACAAAUAGUCAUGGUCUAAGUCAGAAUUUUUCAUCACCAUUAUCUACUCCAAUGAUACUGCCUCAUAAUCUUCCAAUGAACCCACUCGGAAAUCCCAACUUCCCGGCAAACAAUCACUACUUGCCUUAUAACCCUCAACAAUUGCAACAGCAGCAGCAGCAGCAGAAUAGGUUACCAGUUGGACCAGGACCUAUGAACUUCGAUAAUUUCAGACCUGGUAUUGCACCUGUGGCUCCCCCUCAACCUCCUCCGGGCUAUCCGCCAGGUCCGAACGGUCCUCCUCCUGGUAUGCCACAACAGCUAAACUUUAAUGGACAGCCAAUGUAUUAUAAUCAGCCACCUAUGCCUGUUCCUAACAGUGCGUUCCCUAUCAACCAGAGCAUUGGAGCUUCACCAACAUUGCCUCGUAUUAUUCCACCAAAUCCAAUGAACUAUAUUAAUCCAGCAUUAUCUACACCUCCUGUUGUGAAGAACCCCACAUCCAAUGGCCCUGUUACAAAUACAAAGCCUACAAAUAAGAGUAAAAGAAAUAGUGGCAGGAAAUCCAACACCUUCGCAGGAGCAUCAUUUGCUACAGAUGUACCUAAUGAGAGUAAUUUACCCAAGCCAAGUUUCACCUAA